AGGGGGCCAAAAUUAGGACCGGGAAGGAGGAGCAAACAUACAAAGGGAAAAUCUCUCUUCCCGGUCUAUCUCUGGAACCCCUGAAUAUCCUCCUCAAACUCCCCCAACACCCCCAACGGGGGAGGAGAAGAAGAAGGAAAGAAUGCCCCAACUGUUUCAGUUACAGUUGCAGCAUCUUCAACCUCUCCCCAAACCUCGUCACCCCAACCACCAACUACUUCUCCCCACCCUCACUCUCAGCUUUCCUUCUUCUCUCUCCAAUCCCCUAAAACGCACCAAACCCAACAAGCUCCGCCCUCUUCUCCCCCCCACCGUUCGCUUUCCCAGCCCCAUAGCAUGCAAAUCCAACGGCUUAGACUUAGACAUUUUAUCACAGCCAGAAGAGAGAGGGAAGCCGCCCAGACGGGCCAAUGGGAUAUUUUGGAUCAUACUUGCUAAUCUUGGGAUUUACAUUGCUGAUCAUGUGUUUCAGGUUCGUGCAUUUAAAAUGCUGUACCUCUACCACAACUGGCCUACUUGGUACCAGUUUCUAACAGCAACAUUUUGCCAUGCUAAUUGGAACCAUCUUUCGAGCAACCUUUUCUUCUUGUAUAUUUUUGGAAAGCUAGUUGAAGAAGAGGAAGGAAAUUUUGCUCUGUGGCUUUGUUAUAUUCUUACAGGGGUUGGAGCAAACCUUGUUUCAUGGCUUGUUCUACCAAGAAAUGCAGUCUCGGUUGGAGCAUCUGGUGCUGUUUUUGGGUUAUUUACAAUCAGUGUACUAGUAAAGAUGUCCUGGGACUGGAGAAAGAUCCUUGAAGUGCUUAUAUUGGGCCAAUUUGUUAUAGAGAAGGUUAUGGAAGCAGCUCAAGCUUCUACUGCAUUAUCGGGCCCCUUCGGCGGAGGCAGUUCUUUGAUGAAUGUCAAUCACAUUGCACAUCUCUCAGGUGCUCUUGUUGGUGUUUUUCUAGUAUGGAUUCUCAGCAAGGUUCCUUCUGAACCCCCAGCACAAGGAUCAAAUUUUCAAAUCAAACAAGUAGAACCUAAUGAAAAUUGGAUAUGGAAACCAAACUGAUGUGCUUGGUGUUGAAGGGCUUGCAGCAGUUAGUGUCCUGAUUAUCGUUAUGUUCUAUUCGUUGUUGAUCAUGUAUAAAUUAUCUUGAUACUAAUUGAUUCAUGAGAAAUGAUAGAGUUUUUCUUUUUAUACAA